AUGCAAAGUGAUUCAUUAUCGCUCGAUACACUUAAAAAUAAAUUAUUAUGUGCUGUUGAUGGUGAAUAUAAUGUUAUUAAACCUGAAACUGUAUUGGAAAUUAUUUGUCAAUUAGAAAAAAUGGAAAUAACAAAAGAUCAAUUACAAACAACUCGUCUUGGUCGUGAAAUAAAUACAAUACGUCAAAAAUUAGAUGGACAAAAAAAAAAUUUCUUAUCAAAUGAAAAAUAUUCUGAAUUAUUUAUUGAAAUAGCUCAACGAGCAAAAAAACUUCUUCGAUCAUGGCAAGAUUUAUUAAAUAUUUCACAAAUAAAUUCAUUAUCAUCAACAAAUAUUGAUAUAAAACCUCGACUUAUACUUAAAGUUAAAUUAAAUUCUUCAAUAAAUAAACGUAAACAUAAUUCUGAUAUAGAUUUAUUAAAUGGAAUUAAUAAUAAUAAUAAUCAUAAUAAUAAACGAAAAAAAACUCAAGUUAUACAAACACCUAUACCAUUAACAACAUCAAUAUCACCUAUUAUAUUAAAUGAAACAAAUAAUAGUUUACCACGUUUAAAAACUACACAACAAAUUUUAAUAGAAAUGCAAAAAAAUGAACCAAAUGUACUUUCAACACAAACAUCAACUGUACAUGCUAUAUUACAAAAGAAAAUUAUUGAUGAAAGUCUUCAUGAACAAAUUAAACUUGAUUAUUCAGCUUUACAUCAUGGAAGAGAUUUAAAUAAUAUUAAUAUUAAUUCUACUCAUCAUUAUCAAAGAAAACUUUCAUCUUCAAUUACAUCUCCAACUAAUACACUUAUAGCAUCCGGUUUAUCAUCAAAAUUUCAAUCAGUUAAACAACAAUCAUCAUCAUCAUCAACAUUAAUAUCUUCGAAUAGUAAUUGGGAAAAUGGUAGUAGUGCUGGUUCACCUAUAUCACCAUUAUCAUCUUCAUCAUCAUCAUCAUCAUCUAUAACUAAUUGGCCUCUUUCAACAAUCAUUCCUGAAUCACCUAUAACUGUUUCUGUUAUUUCAAAAAAGAAACAUCAUAAAAAACAUAAUGAACAAUCAUCAAAUAUUGAACAGUCAAAUAUAUAUUCGUCUGAUCUAGAAACUAUUUGUUCAUCAUAUAAUACAGUUGCUGAUCUUGUUGAAGAUCAUCGUCGACGUAUAGUAGCUAAAUAUGAUUUACGAGAAUUAGAAGCAAGACCUGAUCUAUUAUUAGUACCAAUUGAUCAACUUGCAUUUGUUUAUGAACGAGAAAGGAUUAAAGAAUUAAAUAUACCAAUUGAAUUAAAACAUUCAUCUAUGACUAAAGUAGAAAAACUUACUCAACCAUUAGAUCUUAUUGCUUUACCAUUUAUUGAUUGUCCAUUUGAAUUUGAUUUGAUACUUGAUGAACUAGUCGUACAACAUCCGACUAUGGACAUGUAA